AUGCGUCCAAAGUUAGAUAGGGAUGCAUUACAAUGGACCAUAGAGUUGAUCGAGGAAUUGGAAUCAUAUUGGAGUAGAGUUGGUAUUAUAAUUGAUGAGAAUGAUGUUAACAUAAUUGAUAAGAAUGAUGUUAACAAGCCAUCAAUUGAAAAUAAUGAUCUUCCAAAAUGGAUGCGUAGAUUCACAUAUGAUAUGAUUUAUAGAAUAGCAAUCGGAAUUAAAGGAAAUGCACUCAACUCAUAUACUAAUAACCUAUGUAAUGUUGAUAAUCAAGAAACUGAAUCAACUAGUAUCAUUAAUAGCAUUCAAACUUAUAUUGACGGAAUUCCGUAUUUUCGUCUAUUUCCGAAAUAUGCUCUUUACUAUCUCGCACAUCAUCCGCAUGUUCUAACCCGUUUCCGUCAAGAACUUGACUCAAUAUUCCAAGAUGAUAUGUCACGAAAAAUCACACUUAAAGAUUUAAAUAAUCUUAAAUAUUGUGAAUCGAUAAUUAAAGAAGUAUUUAGAAUUCAACCUGUACUUUCCACAAAUGUUCGUUUAAACUCUGAAAGAGAUGAAAUCUGUGGAUAUAUUUGGCCUGCUAAUACUGACUUUAUGCUAUUUUAUGGUGCUAUGGCUAAGCGUCCUGAAGCAUGGAAUGAACCACUAAAAUUCAAUCCUGAUAGAUUUUAUAAUUAUCUGACUAAUGAAGAACAUGUGUUAUAG